UAAAAUCCAAAAAAUAAUGUCGUUUUUAAGUCACAUGAUCUACUAUUUUCCCUUCAAGUAGGUCAUAGUUUGUCAGUUUGGUGUUGGUUUUUUGUCCAAAAUCAGUUCACUUGCUAGGUUGAAUUUUGUCACUGAAAAUCUCAUUAAAGAAUGAAGAUUAUUUCAUUCUUGUUAUGGCAUGCAUCCUUUCUUCUCCUCGCCUUCUUCAACAAUGGAGUUAUCAUACAUGCUUUGCCAUAUGAUUAUUCAGCAACUACAGAGUGUUUGAAAGAACCUUGGAAAGUUCAAUAUGGUGGAGGGAUCAUACAAAAUCCAGAAUUCAAUAAUGGUACCGCGAAAUGGACAGUUUUCAGACAAGGGAAGAUCCAAGAAAGGAUAACGAGAAAUGGGAACAAGUUCAUCGCAGCUAGUAACAGAACACAUCCAUCUGAUGGCCUUUCUCAAAGGGUUUUUCUUGUAAAAGGAAAACUUUAUGCAUUUUCAGCAUGGAUUCAAAUAAGUCAAGGCAGCGAAAUAAUAGCUGUUAAAUUUAGAAGCCAGAGUGGUGGUGGUGACUAUCUCCAUGGUGGUACUGUCAUAGCCGAGCAAGGAUGUUGGAGUAUGCUUAAAGGUGGUGUAGUUGCUAAUUUGUCUGGCUUAGUUGAUUUAACUUUUGAGACCAAUAACACGAGUGUUGAAGUCUGGAUUGAUAAUGUAUCAUUGCAACCUUUUACUGCGAAGGAAUGGAGAUUCCACCAAGAAACAACCAUUGCAAAGGUGAGAAAGCGUAAGGUGAAAUUCCAAGUGACAAACAAAUUGGAUGCAAAAAUUACUCUGAAGCAAACACAGGCAGACUUUCCUAUUGGAUGUGAAAUGAACCUGAAUGUCUUAAACAACACUAAGUACCGCGAUUGGUUUAUUGCCUCAAAAUUCUCAGUAACAACAUUUGCAAACGAAAUGAAAUGGUAUUUCACAGAGAAAAAGACACAAGGGAAUGAAAACUAUACCAUUCCUGACGCGAUGCUACAAUUCUGUGAGCAAAACAACAUUGCUGUUCGAGGUCACAACAUCAUUUGGGACGAUCCAAACCACCAACCCACUUGGUUUAGUUCCAAAAUCAACCCAGAGGAGUUGAGAAAACUAGUUGAAAAGAGACUGACAUCAGUUGUUCCUAGGUAUAAAGGGAGAUUAAUUCACUGGGAUGUUGUUAAUGAGAAUUUGCAUUUUAGUUUCUAUGAAGAUAAACUUGGUGAAAAUGCUUCAGCAGAGAUUUAUGGUAGAGCACACGAGCUAGAUGAGAAGCCAAUUUUGUUCAUGAAUGAGUAUAGUACGAUUGAGGUUAGCAAAGAUGUAGCAGCAAAGCCUGCAAAUUAUGCAAGAAAGUUGAACAACAUUGUAUCAUAUUAUAUGGAAAGGAAUGGUGGUAAAAUGUUGCCUAUGGGAAUAGGUUUGCAAUCGCGGUUUGCUCCUGGUCAGCCUAAUUUUGCUUACAUGAGAGCAGGAUUAGACUACUUAGCUUCUUUGGGAUUCCCUAUUUGGCUUACUGAAGUCUUCGUCGAUGCAGGGGAGAAUCAGGCAAAGUACCUAGACGAAGUAUUAAGGGAGGGAUACGCGCACCCUGGAGUUAAAGGGAUAGUGAUAUGGCCAACUUCACCAUUUAGCAAGGAGUGCAAAAUGUGCUUGAUUGAUGUCAAUCAGAACUUCAAGUCCACACCAACUGGAGAUGUUGUUAAUAAGCUGAUCUCGGAAUUGAGGAACUCAAAAGAGAUGGAAAUUUCAGCUGAUGAACAAGGAUUGUUUGAAGCAGUGUUGCCUCUUGGGGAUUAUGAAGUUAGUUUAAGGAAUCCUGAAACAAUUUCUUGUAAUAAUAAGUUGAAGAUCAAGGUUACUGAAAAUUCAGAUAACUUUGUCCAUGUCAAACUAGAUCAUACAUCAUGUGUUAAGUAAGGAGUUAAAUAAGCAAAGAGGUUGUUAAGCAAAAAUGAAUCAAGCAAAGAGUAUGAGGAAAAUAAAUAAAUUCAACAAACUGCCAGAGUAAGUUCAAGCUUUUCCAAUAAAAAAAAGCGGAUUAUUAUUAAAUUUUUUGAAGGGUGCACCAAGAAAUUGCUGCAUUUGUAAGGAAACACCAAAGAAUUUUAUUUAAUUUUUAUUUAAUAUUUUUUUUUGUAGGAAGCACUAA